CACUGAUCAGUAUAUCAUAACAACAGGAAACAUAAAUGGCGAAGUGGAUAUAACGAGCAGUUCACAUGUUGACAAUUUUGUGCGUAUGCGCAGACGAGGCGCAGGUCGCGUCCAGGCUUUUCAAUACCUAAAUUGAUGUUCUGGGCAUGCGUGAAGAGUCCUGCUGCGGGCUACAGCCAGUCCAGCAUAGUGAAUGGAAACCAGCUCGUUUCGUUUUCAGUCGGGGGCUUUCGGGUGCGGAUGUGGUCUGGGCAGUGAUCCUGGGUGUACUGCGGCAGACGUGUUGAAUUGAUUGACAGCUCCUCCUCUCCCACUCCCGACACCAGCCAUGGAGGUCGAGGCAGUUGCCGUGGGCAACCUGAUCGAUUUCGACUUGUCCCCAUGUCCCGAGGGGGCGCCGGGUGCCCCAGCUGGCGCUCUUGCCGGCAUGGACUUCCAGCAGCCCCUCCUCCCCGAGCCGCUGGCCCCCGCCCUGGGCUCUGACGCCCACCGCGACGACGGCAGCGCGGGCGACCGCGGCAACGACAGCGAGGCGACUGAGUCGGCGGACAGCGAGAACGAGGGAGCAGAAUCUCCCUCCCACCCCUGGGGCUCCUCCCGCCGGUCCUCCUCGUCCAGUCACAGCGCAGAAGAGGAGGGCGGAGCCGAGGUGGCGGAGUGCAAGGAGUUCAUGAAAGCCUACGUGGAGAAGGUGUUCCACGGCAGGGAGGAGUUUGAGCAAGAGGAGAAGGCUCGCUUUGGAGAACUGUGCAGCGGAGAAAAUGCAAAAGGACGGGAGUGGUUCGCCAAGUACGUCAGUGCACAGCGCUGCAACUCCAAGUGCGUGUCAGAGCAGACCUUCUACCGGCUGGUCCAGUCAUUCGCCGUCGUUCUCUUUGAGUGCUACCAGAUGGAUGACUACAGCCCAGCCAAAAACCUGAUGACGAUGUGCUUCACAUACUACUACAAAGGCAGGUGCCAGCUGUCCCCCACGGAGCUCCUGGAGCGCCCGGCGAGCGGCAUCGACUCGUACCUGCGCAGCGCCAACUCCUGGCUGUCGGGCAAGAAGGACAUCGCCGAGCGGCUGCUGAAGAACACCUCCGCCAAGACCGACGUCAAGGGCUUCUUCGGGGGCCUGGAGAGCAAGCUGAGAGGUCCCUCCGCACGCAAGGCCGGAGAUGCAGAAAGCCCGGCCGAAGAAAAGCCCAAAACGCCCGUGUCUCCCGAGUCUCCUGAUGAAAACAAGGGGGAGAAGAUCUACCUGUACACACACCUGAAGCAGCAGCCCAUCUGGCACACCUUGAGGUUCUGGAACGCUGCGUUUUUCGAUGCUGUCCACUGCGAGAGGAAAAAGAGGUCACCAACAACGAGGCGGACGGCUGAGGAAGAGAAAGGAGAGAGAGAGAAAUGGUGUCACAUGACCCAGGAGGAGAAAGACGACAGCUCGAGGUUCAAUGAGAACAUCACCUUCGGCCAGCUCGGGACGUUUACACACAACAUGCUGGCCUUCGGUCUCAGCAAGAAGCUCUGCAACGAUUUCCUCAAGAAACAGGCAGUCAUCGGGAAUCUGAAUGAAGAACAGUACAAGCUGCUCAGUGACCACAUUGAGCAGAUGGCUGCAGAGUGAUGUGGACUUAUCUGCUCAACCUCUGAAGACCACUUGCUUAUCCCUGCUUAUCUCCUCUUCCCCCUACUCAAGCCUGCUCACCUCCACUUUACCCUGCUCAACCCUGCUCACCUCCAGUUCCUCCUGCUCACCUCCACUUCUUCCUGCUCAAUCCUGCUCACCUUUACUUCCUCCAACUCACCCCCUUGUUCCUCCUGCUCAAAGCUGCUCAUCUCCACUUCCCCCUGCUCAAGCUUGCUUACCUCCACUUCCUCCUAAUCCCCUCUUAUUCCUCCUGCUGAACACAUACUCACCCCCUCUUCUCCUGCUCAAGCCUGCUCACCUCCACUUCUUCCUGUUCACCUCAUCUUCCUUCUGCUCAAAUCUGCUCACCUCCACUUCCUCCUGCUGAAGCCUGCUCACCUCAUCUUCCUCCUGUUCAAACCUGCUCACCUCCACUUCCUCCUGCUGAAGCCUGCUCACCUCCACUUCCUCAUGCUCAAGCCUGCUCACCUCCUCUUCCUCCUGCACAAACUGCUCACCUCCACUUCCUCCUGCUCAGUUCUGCUGACCUCCACUUCCUCCCGCUUUGCUUUACUUCCUCCUAUUCCCCUCAGCUUUCCCCUGUUCAUCUCCAUUUCCUCAAAGUCAUGACUGCUCAUCUUCACUUCCGCUCCCUCUUUGCUGGUCUUCUCCACCCCAUGUACGUCAACACCGCUCGCUCCCGCUUCCUCUGGGUCAGCUGCUCACCUCUACUUCCUCCUUCCUAUGUCUUCCUCCUGUGAUACACCUGCGACCUGACCAGCCCUGUUCCUCAGUGACACAUAGCAGCAGUCCUGAGGUAGGGGAAGGGGGAAGAGAGAGAGAGUUUUGUUUGAGGGGUGACUGUUUUUUUUUCAGGUGAUAGCAGCUCACACAGUGUUCCAAGUAUGAAUCUGACUAAAGCUUGUAGGACAAUUCCUCCUCCUUAAGGCAGUGCCCCCAACCUUGUGGCAGCUUUCCACAUGCCCUAACUUUAUCACCCACCCUCCCCCCCCUCCCGCCCCUAACUGACACGCUGAAGCAUGAGAUGAUUUGAUACUGACUGCAAGUUGUUACAAUUGCAAGGUCACCUGAUGAAUCCGUCCAAUCCCAAUUAGGUGUUUUUCUCUCCCUCUCUCUUCUGACUGGUGGAUACGUGUGCAUUGGGUUUUGGGUGAGAACUACCCCCUCCUCAAUGUGUCAUGCUAUGGAAAAGGCACUGUAUGUAUUUAAGUCAUUUUUGUUAUGGUUAUUAUCAGUACUCCAAUGUGUUUGUUAUCAGCGGAACGCAUGCAAAAAGAGCCACUUCGUUCUGUUCAAAGUGCCUUUGAUGCAUCAGAAGGUACCUCUUUGUAGAGUUAUUUUAGAUGCAAGCUUCAGUGUUAAAAAGGAUGGAUCCUCCUCCUCCUGUUGACUGGUGAUUGAAAGUGAACGCAUCUUUAACAGUGGAACAAUGAGUCCUAUCUCCUUUUUUCCUGUGAGCGAGUGAGUGGGGCAAGUGAGCAAGUGAAUGAGUGAGCGAGCGAGUGAGAGUGCGUGCGUGCACGCCUGCCCAUGGUAAUUUUGCCAUGUAUCCAUGUGUUAUGCAAAAAAGACACAAUUCUUGGUGGAGCAUGCAUAGUGUAAUUGCGGAAAUCAGCCCACUAGGGGCCAGUAACAGCACUUCUCAGAGUAGCCCAUUAAAACUGUGGGUUCAUACUUUUCAAAUAUCGGACCUGCAUUCUCUGCUCCUCCAUCUUUGAGAAGCAAAGGCACUUAUGUAAUGUACAUGUGCGUAUUCUUUAGUGUGUACAUGUGUUAACAAAGAAAGGAAAUAUAAUCAUUUUUUGUGCUCUGAUGGCUCUUGCAAUAAUCUUGGAUGGGUUAAAGGGAUGAACUGUUUUCUUACUUGUUUAUUUAUUAGUAGUAAUAAAAUUGAUUUAUAUGUAUCUGCUGUACCUGUCUAAUGUGUAUAUAUUAAAAUAUGUGCAGAUAUUUUGUGCUUGCAAAGUGCAGUUGUUGCCUUUGGUUUCUCACCAUAACUGUGAUUCUGGCUUAAUCUUGAGUUUUUUUUUUUUUUUUUUCAUUUUUGUAUAUCUAUCCAGUUGGUUUGCAGUUUUGGAUAAGACUUUGUGAAUCUGAUGCACGUUUUAAUACUAUGUACCUACGCGUUGUUUUAUCUAUGGUGUCAAAUCGAAGAAAGUGUAAAACCAUAGAUGUUACAAAGUUCUUAGAUAUGUCUUUCUGUUCUGUGGACCGCUGGUUUAGUAGUAGAAACUGCCCAGCUGUAGUACAACCCCAGAGGGCCCACAGUUUUCCCAUAGAGAUGUUAAAGUGACAUGCUUCAAGAGUGUGUGUUAGCUAUGUAGAGAAUAUACUUGUUGUUCUAUGAUGCUGUAGUUUGUAGACAUACUCAGUGUGCUGUAGCUGUAGCUAAUAGCGUUGUGUAGGUGUGCGUUUUAUUAUUGUGUUGUAGCUGUGUUGUGUUACUGUCCUCCUUGGUUACUACCAGUCACUCCAUUUGAAUCAUUUGUCUUGUCAUUGUUGUCUGCUUGUCUUCUUGCCAAGGGAAUGCCACCAAUCUCUUGUUGCCAUGCAAAGACAUUCUCCUGUCUUGUUACCUGAUAAGAAAAAAAACAUCAUCAUUGUCUUGUAGCUAUUGGAAUAUGCUCACUUUUGUCUGUUUGCUGGUUGCUGUCGGAUGAUCUGCCCCCUGGUCUUGUUGCUAUAAGACAUCCUAUCCAGUAGAGGGCAGAGUAAUAUAGUGUCAGAUGUAACACUGGUAAGCAUAUGUGCUGUUGCCUUCUCCUGCAUCAUGUCAUAUCUCAGAAUGCACAAUGACCUCUGCAUGGAGGGUCAUACUAAUCAAAGCAAACCGUGAUCAUAAAGAUGUAUUUUUGUGUGUCAAAUCUGAUGCAAGUUUUAGAAACAGUCACGUGUUGAAAUAAAAUUAUUUUGUAACAUGA